CUCUAGUAUUUGGUCACCUCACGUCCCACCGUUUUUUUUUAUUUGGGGGGGGGGGGGUAGGGGAACCGCACAAGAGUUCUCCGACCCCUCCUCUAUUUGCCAAGAUUUUUUUGAAUUAACAUCAAUCGCUUUUGAACUUUGAAUCGUUUAGAAGCACUACUGACUAAACAAACUUAUAGCUAUAGGGCCGACAGAAUACCACCAUGCGAUCAUGUAAUCGCGACGUGCACACCAGACUUUGUGGGGAAAAGGAGUACUUGGGUGAACUCCUAGUUUGGCCUUAAGCUUAAAUUGCUGACUGUUAUAAAGUUCCAAUAUGGCGGGCUUAUACUCGAAGUUGGGUAGAGUAUCUGCGGUGUGCGCAUCACUGAGUUGUGUUUCGCUCAUAGGUGCUUACUGCGCUUGUCUUCCGAUAUGGGUGCGUCUUAUAUCAGGUAUUUUGGGUGGAAUCCUUCUCGUCCUGUCAUUGGUAUAUGCUUGGAUCUUGAUCCAACGUCCCUACCCCAACCAAAGUCUCUUCGAGGUAUCCAUUCAUCUAUUUAUCUACGUCUUCAUGGGUCUGAAAGGAAAGUCGGAACAUUCGGAAAUCAUGAAGUCAUGCAAGAACCCGAUCCGACAUCAGCGAAACCUCUGGCAAGAGAUACUGAACCUCAACAGGCGUACCGCGUAUGCCGAUGACCACGGUCUUCGAGGGAUGCAGACGCUUGGGGACCUCCGGAAGCAGCAUCCCCUGACGAGCUACGAACGGUACCGGCCGUACGUCGAUCGCAUGACGGAAGGCGAGGAGAACAUCCUGGUGGAUGGACUGCCAGACUCCUACAUCCGAACAACAGGCACGACGGGGAAGCCCAAGUACAUCCCACAAAAGCAGAAGAGCAGGAUGUUGAUGAGAAUCGGCGCGAUGAUGGCUUAUAUUUCUGAUCAUCAUUAUUCUAUCAACCCCCUGGCAAAGACUCUCUACUUGUACGUCGCACCGAAAGUCCUCAAGACAAAAUGUGGGACCGUUAUAGAGACGGCGGCCACUAUGUCGGAAGAUGAGGACUUGGCUUUCGUCAUGUAUCCUUCGCCAGCGAGCGCGUAUAAGCUCGGGACGAUGCACGAAGCGUUCUAUCUCCAGCUUCUCUUUGCUCUCAAAGACCGCAACCUUGGUCGUGUGAUCAUCGGGUUUAUCCAUUUCCUGGAGAGCGCUCUGAAGCUUCUGGAGAAAGAAUGGGAGAACCUCACCAGGGACAUUGAGCAGGGCGCCCUCAACGCUGACCUCAACAUCCCACAAGCCAUCAGGGAAGGUGUUGUCAAGGAACUGAAGACGUACGGUCCUGAUCCUGAUAGAGCUGCCGAACUGCGUACAGAGUUUCAGAAAGGCUUCGUAGGUAUACUCAAAAGGAUCUGGCCAAAAGUACAGUGUGUUAUGGGGAUAGACUCAAAUGGAAGCUGGCCGAGACUCUCUAAAACCUACUGCAAAGGUUUAAACUUGCUGACUCCGUUCUACGGCUGCUCUGAAUCGUGCCUUGGUAUUAACCCGGGCCCGGAUUUCAUCAAGAAGAAAGGAUACAUACCCCUGGCCAAAUGGGCUGUCAUGGAGUUCAUCAAGGAGCAAGAAAUGUCUUCGUCAAACCCACAAACUUUCUUUUUGCACGAACUGGAACUUGGAGAGAAAUACGAGAUUGUCGUCACCCAGCCGUUUGGUCUUUAUCGAUAUCGGAUGGGAGAUGUAAUCGAGGUCAUAGACUUCCAACAAGACAUGCCCAUCAUUAAUUUCUUGUACAGGACAGGACAAAUGCUUAAUGUCCGGUAUGAGAAGUUAGACCAGCGGAUUGUCUCUGACAGCAUUCUGGCAGCUACGGCGAAGUGGACAGACAGAACACUGGUAGAGUUUUCGGUAGCUGAGAGCACCAUGAUCGAUGAGAAAUGCUCAAUCUACGAGCCGAACGAAAUGAUGCCCUACUACAUCUUCUUUCUUGAGAUGAAAGAUUCUUCUUCUGAACCGCUCUCCGAGGAGCAGAAGUCAAUGAUCGACAAGGAACUUCAGGAUCGAAACAGCGAUGUGAAGCGGCUUCGAGGGGAGGGGGCCAUAUCACACCCUCGUGUUCACCUAGUCCGCCCAGGGGCGUUUGCAGAGCUGCAACACUACAUCAUCACCAACACAGAGGCAACUGCUAACCAGUACAAACCACCCCGAAAACUUCGAACACCCGCAAUAGUCGAGGUGAUGGUUAAGAACAUUGUCCAAUAAAUUAAGUCAAAUAUUUCGCUCUUGAAUACCCUUUAUUGAUGUAGGCCUAUACGUAACCAAUCACUUUGGAAAAAAAAAUCAUUGAAAUAUAGGCCUACAGGCGGAUAUCCAUUAGUCCGUCCUUUUGUUGAAAAAAAUGUAAUGAUGAUAAUAAGGACUUGAUCAUACUGAUGAGUGACGAGGAUGGUGAUGGUGAUGGUGAUGAUGAUGAAGAAGAAGAAGAAGAAGAAGAAGAAGAAGAAGAAGAAGAAGAAGAAAACGGUGAUGGAGAUGGUUGGGACGAUGAUCAUGGUACACUAAUACCACAAAGGAAGCUAUUUUUGUAUUGGUUUAGGCCUACUAUUAUGUUCACGAUGAAACCCUUUUAAAAGUUCUUUCAAUGAAUUAUGAUCAUCAUAAUCAUUUCCGUUUCAGUGUCAAUAUCAUUACUCUAAUUGAAAUUGGUAUCCAAAUAUGUUACUCGCUGCUCAUGCUGCGUGGUCGUAUGUUAUCACCAGUCGAAUAGUAUUCGAAAGAUGGACUAUUGAAACGUCAUACCGCUGAAUAUGAAUAUUGAGGUGGGAAAAAUAUUUUCACGUACUGCUCACCUUGCGCUUUUGUAUAAUUUGGUAAAAGCUCUCUAUCCAUCCUGCUAUUAUUGUUAUUGGUAGCAGCACCAGUUGUGUAGCAUCAAUAUGCAUGACGUUCUUUUAAAAAUUAUUUUCAUUUAAGCUGAAUGCCAUGUACUAAUCUCUCAAAAUAACAAAUUCAAAAAUUCAGAACCAGCUUCUGUAUUCUCAUGUAAUCUAUCGAAAAUCAAAUAAAGUUGAUGAUGCAGUAUAAAUGUUUUUGAGUGAGUGACAGAUUUGUUACAUAUGUUAUUUCUGAAUAUAUUAUGUAAAGUUUUCCACUCAUUUUGUUACUCAUGUCUAUUUUUAAACAACUAAAAUUCAUGUUUCGGCUCUUUUUGAAAAUAAAUUUGUUUUAGAGCUCUAUGAUAUGUAGUUUGCUUUAAAUUGGUAACUUGUAUCCGAAUCAUUGAAGCCAACGGACUUCAAUAAAUACGAUAAGCUCCUCUUAA